CAACACGGGAGCGUUUGUCCGCGCAACCCUGAACUCGGACUUGGCAGACUACGGAGGUCGUGUAUGCCUCAGCAUGGCUCCCAAAGCGAAAAAGUCUGGCAGUAAGAAAAAGAGAAUCACCAAAGCCGACCGGUUGAAGCAGCUACAAGAGGAGGAGGAGAAACGACAAAAAGAGGAAGAGGAAGCCCGUGUGAAAUAUGAAAAAGAAGAAAUGGAAAGACUUGAAAUACAGCGAAUUGAGAAAGAAAAACUGCGAAAACUUGAAGCAAAAGAUCUAGAAAGAAGAAAUGAAGAGCUUGAAGAACUUUAUUUACUAGAGGCACGUUUUCCUGAAGCAGAGAAAUUGAAACGAGAUAGUAGAUUGCUUUCUCAGUGGAAACACUACAUUCAAUGUGAUGGGAGUCCUGACCCUUCAAUAUCCCAAGAAAUUAAUACUUUUAUUAGCUUGUGGAAAGAGGAAACCAAUGAGACCUUUGAGGCAGUGAUUUCAAAGAGUAAACUAGUGCUAAAUUUAAUUGAGAAAUUGAAGUUAAUUUUAUUGGAAACUCCACCAUACGAUUUGCAAGAGAAAAAUAUAAUACAGUACCAAGGAUCAAUUCUGGAACUGCAGGAGCUCCUUCAUCUUAAGUUUAGCAUAGCCACAGAAAUCCUUCUCAGACAAGCUAGUACUUUAGCAGAUCUGGACAGUGGAAACAUGGAAAUAAUCAUUCGAGAUGAAAAUGUUACUCUAUAUGUAUGGGCAAACCUAAAGAAGAAUCCAAGGUACAGAAGUAUCAGAUUCUCUGACACACAAAUUGGAUUUGAAAUUCCAAGGAUUUUAGCAACAUCUGACAUUGCUCUACGACUCCUACAUACCCACUAUGAUCAUGUCACACCCCUGCGCCCUGUUCCAACAGCAUCACAAGAAGACACUUCCACGGUAACUUACUUUAUCAAAGAUGAACUUAAGAGUGUAGAAGCAGCAGUCAGCAAAGAUCUCCAAGAAGAGUAUAAACAACAAGAAAAUGAGUCUAACUCAGUCCAUGAGGAAGAAAAAAAAGUUGAGGAACAAGGUGAUAUUGAAGGACAAACGUGUUCUGUCCAGGAAGAACCUGAAGCCACAAAAUAUGAACUGGAGAUGAAAUUAUUAAGUGAAACAGUUUCAGCAGCACAGUUGUUGCUGUUAGAGAAUGCUCGUGAAAAGCCAUAUUUUUUUGAAGAAAAUGAGGUUGAUUUAUGCCAAUUCACAACUCUGGGUGGAGUGUACCACUUGGAUAUCUUGGAGCUUCCUCCAAAAUGUAAACCAAUGAAGGGCUGGAUGAUUGUGGAAAUACACAAAGAAGGAUUACAGAAAUAUACAUAUCCUCCAGAAACUACAGAAGACUUUGAAACGGAAAACGUUUUCCCACCCAUAGAGGUCAUGCUUGAGGUUCAUGAGAACGUAAUCUUUUUCGAGAAUCCUAUGGUUGCACGGUGGGAUGCUGAAGAGGGAAAAAUGGAACUAAUGUCACGUUCUUCCCAAUUAAAAGGUAAACACUGGAAAACCGAUGGCAUCAGCAAUGUAUCUUACAAAUCGGAAGACAGACUUAUAACAUUCAGCUUGGAAACUUUUGGUCCUGUUACCUUGCUUCAAGAUGCUCAUGUUAAUAUGCCAUACCAGUCAUGGGCGCUAAGACCCCUUGGUGUGAAUAAAGUACUUCUGACUGUGACUACGGUAUUCACUGAGAUUCAAAUACAAAUUAAGGAAAACCUCUGCAUGUUAGCGUCAAUCAAACUAAACAACAAAAAGCACUCCUCUAUUUUGGAAGAAAAGUGGAUGACUCCUGCUUCUUUCAUUCUUGCUUUGAAAGAAACUGGACUGAAUAUCUUCCCUACUGGACACUCUCAUUUUUAUGUUGUUAUAAACUAUAAGUUUCCUCCGGUAGAAGUGAAAGCUUAUCGGCAAAUGGCCCUGCUCAGUUCAGCUUUUGCGUUUGGUUGGAGCAAGUGGAAUAUAGUAUGUGAUUCUAAAAAAGUUGUAUUUCAGGUGAGGGAACACCUUCCUGAAGAAGAACCCAUUCAAAAUCCUCAUUGGACCCUUUUAAUGUUUAGUGGUGAUAGGGCACAAAGUCUCAAGAUCAAUGAAUCCAGUGAUGCAUUCUCUGAAGCCCUUAAAGAAGAAACUGAGUUUCAUUCUACUUUAUAUCACAUGGUUAAGGAUUUUGCUUCUAAAGAAGCAAUGAAGAAAGUGAGGCAUUCCAACUGCCAGUUUGUUGACUCUGUUUGCCACAUGUUACUCUCAACUAGAUUGCUUAGCUAUUCUUAAUCCCCACUGAGAAAUUUUAUUCAGUAUGAAGAAUCAAGCAACUUGGAGAAAAAGCGGUAUUUCUUCAAUAAAGUGUAAUGUGUGAAUAUAUGUCAAAUAGGCUGUUAAAAUGAUCUAAUCAGCAUUUUACACUCAAAUUUUAUUUUUUUAAGAAUUAGGGGUUUUCCCCUUCUGCAUGCUUGGCCUACUGAGACUUCCAACGUUCACUGCAUGAAAAUUUGAAUGGUUCUUUAUUUCAAUAAAUUUUAACAAACAAUAA